UGGUGCGCUGUGUCCCUUGGACACAGCGGAUCACCGAUCCAUGGAAAGAGCCGAAGAUGUUGGCACGGUCAUGUGAUCAGCUGUGUCAGUCACAGCUGAUCACAUCAGCGUCACCUGUCAGUGUCUAUCAGUGCCAGCUCUUAGUGCUUAUCCACGGCACCUGCCAGUGCCCAUCAGUGCCACAUUUCAGUGCCCAUCAGUGCCAUAUCAAUGCCACAUAUCAGUGCCCAUCUGAGCUGCCUUUCAGUGUCACCAAUCUGUGCCAGUCAGUGCCACCUAUCAGUGCCAGUCAGUGCCACCUAUCAGUGCCAGUCAGUGCCAGUCAGUGCCAGUCAGUGCCGCCUAUCAGUGCCACCUAUCAAUGCCAGUCAGUGCCAGUGAGUGCCGCCUAUCAGUGCCACCUAUCAGUGCCAUAUAUGAGUGCUGCCUUUCAGUGCCCAUCAGUG